AUGGCCACGAAUCUGCCGCCCAACGUCCACGUCUCGCAGCAUCCCAGCGUGCAGGCCAAGAUGAGCCAGCUGCGAUCCAAAUCGGCCAGUGCGCGCGAGACAAACGCGCUUGUUCAUGAGAUUUCCCUCAUUGUCGCCUGCGAGGCGCUCGCCGAGUCGCUGGCGCCCGUGCCGGGACCCAAGGACCAAACGCCCAUUGGCGCCGACUACGAAACCGCAGACGUCUCUCCGAGCACAAUGUGCAUCGUUCCGAUUCUGCGCUCCGGCCUCGCCAUGGUUGACGCCGUUCAGACCGUGCUCCCGCGUCUCGUCCCCGUGCACCACCUCGGCAUGUACCGUGAGCCCUCGACCCUCGACCCCGUCGAGUACUACAACAAUCUCAGCAGCGCCGGGUCCGGCGCCGCGUCGCUCGCCAUCCUCGUCGACCCCAUCAUCGCAACGGGCGGCACCUGCGCCGCCGCGAUCCAGACCCUCCGUGAAUGGGGCGCCAAGCGUGUCUUGGUGCUCAGCGUGCUGGGCGCCGCGGCCGGUGUCGCGCAGGUGGCAAGGGAGUGGCCCGAGGGCACCGAGCUGUGGAUGGCGGCCGUGGACGAGGGGCUCACACCCGAGGGCAUGGUGAAGCCGGGCCUAGGUGACGUGGGCGACAGGUUGUUCCUCACGCUUGGUAAAUAG